AUGGCGCCAAACCAGCUUUCCCACUGCUGCAUCACAGGCUCUCUACACGAUGGUGAAGCCAAAGGCGAACUCAAAGCCAUCGGCAAUAUCUCAACCUACAUCGCCUACCCCCCAGAUAAAUCCACCAAAAACGCCAUCCUCAUAAUCACAGACGUGAUCGGCCAUAAAUUCAUCAACGCUCAGCUCCUCGCUGACGAAUUCGCGGCAAAUGGCUACUUUGUCGUCAUGCCCGACAUGUUCAACGGCGACUCGGUACCCCUCAAUCGGCCAGAGGGAUUCAAUAUUAUGGAUUGGGUGAAAAACCACUCGCCCAUCCAAACAGAGCCCAUUAUUGAUAUGGUGCUCAAGGAAAUGCGUGAGAGCCUGGGAUGCCAGCGGAUUGGAGGUGUUGGAUACUGUUUUGGUGGGAAGUAUGUUUGUCGGUAUCUUAGGCCUGGGCAGUUGGAUGUUGGAUAUAUUGCGCAUCCGACUAUGCUGGAGGCGGAGGAGUUGAGAGGUGUUGAAGGACCGUUAAGUAUUGCGGCUGCUGUUCGGGAUUUUGUCUUCGUUACAGCCAAGCGCCAUGAAAGUGAGGAGAUCUUGGAUAAGUUGGAGGUUCCUCAUCAGAUCAAUCUGUUUUCGGAGGUGGAGCAUGGCUUCGCUGUUCGCUGCGAUCUUUCUAAGCCUCAUCAGAAAUUUGCUAAGGAGCAGGCUUUCAAUCAGGCUGUUGCUUGGUUUGACCACCACCUCUAG